CCUGGGGUGCAGUGAACCUUCUGCACUUCAAACCCACUUAGGCAAUGAUGCAGUCCACCAUGAUAGGCCAAGGGUAUUUUGGUAGUUUCGUUACUCUGGUCAUGACCUCUAGGGGUAACCCAUGGGCCAAGGGCCGCUAUAGGAUUUUAUCUCAGCGGUGACAAAACUGUGUACUAAAUUUUUUACAUACCAAACACUAUACAAGAUAAUGAUAUUUACUUAGCUCGAAAACUAAUUAGGCCUAAUUUAUUUAAUUAUGUUGAGCUAUAUGAUGUAUCUACUCACAAAUUUGAGUAAAUUUUCAUUUUCUCUGAUUUGUUGAGCUAUAUGAUUUAUUUACUCACAAAUUUCGGUAAAUUUUUGUUUUUCUGGCUUUGCACGACUAAUUUAGUGCUGACAGUACAACAAUAGAACCCAUGUUGUUCCCAACCAUUUAGUGCCGACAGUAUGGAAGAAAUAUCAAAUUAUAUGCAAAAAAAAAUACAAAAUUUUAGUACAUUUUUCCGAAUCCAAGGGGUUUGCUUGACCCCCCUGAAACCUUAGUGGAGCCCCCUCUGCCAUGGGAACGUACAUUUACAUAAACGAACCACAUAUACACCCUAGUAGUUAUUUACGAAGUUCAUUUGUCAUAUGGCAUAUUCAUUCUUCCUUGACUUCUAUGGAAUGGGAAUAGUCUUAUGUGUUCAACACAUGUUGUGAAGGAUCUAAACUGAUGAAACUUCCGUAUUAUGAAUGACGAAUGAGAAUAUUAAAAUUUUGAUUGCUUUACGCUUACUGGAUUUAGGGCCUCAUUGGUUUGACGUCUAGACUCUUCUUCUUCCCUAUUAGAUUCACGAGCACUGUUCACGGCUCCAAAACAGCCCCCUAGUCUUUACUUUCCCAGCACUCCAGUUGUUCAUUUAUGUCCUACAUUAGACGAGGCAAAGGGCUUUUGGGGCUUGAUUUAAGUGGCUAAUGGUUUAUUUAUUUCAAUUAAGGGCAGAUAACCAGAGAGAAAUCAUGGGUUCAAUCUUGAAAAGGCAGAAGCUUUCAGAGGGGCAGUAUGAUGAUAGGAUCAGCAAAUUACCCAACAGUCUUAUUGCUCAAAUCCUAUCCCGUCUUCCCACAAAAUACGCAGUUGCAACUAGUGUCCUAUCGACAAGAUGGAAACAAUUAUGGACUUCAAUCACCAGUUUCGAUAUUGAUGAUAGGUUAUUGUUAUGUCCUCAUAACAAAAGCUCCGAUCCGUCGCUGCAGAGGAGUUUUACGAGUUUUGUGGGUCGAGUAUUGUUGCAUCAUGUUUCAUGCGUACAGAGGUUUAGUCUCAAAUGCUGUCAAAGUUAUGAUCCUUUACUUGUUAAUGGAUGGAUUGCUGAUACAUUAUUGCGAAACGUUCGAGAACUUGAUCUUGAUUUUUCCAUCCGGAUGGAACAUUGUACUAUGCUGCCUCAGGACCUCUAUACUUGUAGAACUCUGGUGGUAUUAAAACUGAAAGCUUAUGGUGAUAUGAAUUCUGUACCUACUUUGGUUUCUCUACCAAGUCUCAGAAUUCAACAUCUUAAUUGUAUCAGAUUAGAUGAUGACUCAAUCAACAGGUUCCUCUUUGGUUGCCCCGUGCUUGAAGAGCCGAGUAUGAUUGAAUGUGUGGGUAAAAAUGUUAGUGUGAUUAACAUUGUUGCGCCUAUGCUCAAGAGCUUGUUUAUGCAUGAUUGUUUGUUUCCUUACAGAAGGCCACCUCAUGGUUUUGAGCGCAAGAUUGUGCUUGACACCCCGACACUUUUAUACCUUGAGAUAAACGAUUCUACAGAGGACGGUUGCUAUUUAGUUGUAAACUUACAUCAUCUCAUUAGAGCUGAAGUUUAUUUAUAUAAUACUUAUUUUUAUGAUGCUGAUGGUUCAGCUCUCUCUAAAGCUCUAACCGGUCUUCUCAAGGGGAUAUCCAACGUACAAUUUAUACACUUAGGUUUGUCGAGGGAGGUAUAAUUGCUUAUAUCUGAUCUCUUGGUAUAGUUAACUGCUGACCUAAUCUUCAGUGACC